CUGCAACCAUAUACCAGUCAUCCAGACAUCGAAACGCCCACAGUCGCCGCUCGCAGAAAAUGGCGGUUCCGAUGUCCGUACAAUUCUCGGCAACCUCAACCUUCCUUACGCCGAGGAAAACUGGUCACCCACUCUCACAUGUACGAUUCAAACCACCACCUGUGGGUCGCCAUCUUCUGUCCCACCCCAAACAGAGACCCCUAGCGAUCACUCGCACUCAAAGAAGAAACCGGUCCCUCACAAUCAACGCCGCCGACGAAACCCGAGAAAGUCCCGAAGCGGAGACUAUGAGCAACCAGGACAGCCCUACGGAACCUGGGAUUCAAGCGACCGAGUCGAGCGCCGAAUUAGGAUCGCAGAUAAAGGAGGCAAUGCGGCAGAGAAAGGAGGAGGAGGCGAGAGAUGGAGGUUUCUGGAGCGGAGUGGCGGAGGAGAUUCGGGAGAUCGAGUGGCCCGCGUUCGGUAAGGUUUUGGGGACGACGGGUGUCGUGCUGGGAGUGAUUGCUGGAUCGAGUGUCGUUUUGCUAACCGUGAAUGCCGUAUUGGCUGAGCUCUCCGACCGGGUUUUCGCCGGCAGAGGAGUCCAGGAUUUCUUCGGCUGAGAGAGAGAGAGAGAGAGAGAGAGAGGGAGAGAAUGUGAGGUUGUGAUGGUCGCUAUCUCCAGGACGAGGCCCAGCCCACGAAGGUAGGAAAGGAAGUAGGAAGUCCCUCGAGGAUACUCACUCGUUGGCAGAAAAAUGGGGUCAUGGGGAGUGGAAGAGAGAAUCUGGAAUAGUGUGUGUUGCUGGAUGAUGACAAUGUGUAUUUCCUGCAACGUUAUUGCUGAAUCAUUCAUAUAGCCCAUGUCUUUUUAA